AUGUGGAUAUGCCCCUCUGUCAUUCCGGAGAGUCAGUGUGGUUUUAGAUCAAGUCGUGGCACAAUGGACAUGAUUUUUUCUGCUCGUCAACUCCAAGAUAAAUGCAUCGAACAUCGCAUAGCUCUUUACCAGGUAUUUGUCGAUUUAACAAAAUCCUUCUACACUGUCAAUAGGACCUUUCUCUGGACCAUUCUUGGUAAACUUGGAUGUCCACCUCAAUUUGUCAACUUGUCUAAGCAACUUCAUAGUGAUAUGAAAGCCCGUCUUAACUUCAAUAGGUCACUAUCGGAACCAAUUUCCAUUGAAAACGGAGUUAAACAAGGUGAUAUUGCUGCUCCAACACUUUUUCCCAUAUAUUUUGCUACCUGGACAACAUAUCAGCGCCACAUCAAGGCUUUAGAGAGAUUCCAUCAGACUUGCCUAAGGCGGAUACUAGACAUCAAAUGGAAGUCUUUAACACUAGACACUGUUGUUCUUCAGCAAGCUAACACACCCAGUAUUGAAAUGAUCCUCAUACGCAGUCAGAUGCGUUUGGUUGGGCACCUUGCUAGGAUGCAGGAUGACAGGUUGCCAAAGCAGUUGUUUUACGGGGAGUUGCAGCGUGGCAAACGUCCGAGACAUAACCCUAAGAAACGUUUUAGGGAUGCUGUUGAAAGCAACCUUAAGGCUCUUAAUGUGAAAGUUGAAGACUGGGAGCAGAUGACGCAAGAUCGAUCGGUUUGGAAACAAAUGAUUUACAAUAGAUGUAAAGCAUUUGAAGCUUGA